AGCCAAUUAAAAUCCCUGAAGGCGGUGUGGGUUUGGUGGGCGUAACACACGGCUUCUCCAAUCACACAAGAGAGUUACAGUCAAGUUGGGUUUCAGUACAGGAACAGAGGAACUGCUGCUGUCACUAAAUAAGCCCAGUUGUUCAUCCACCACCAUGGGAAAGAAGAGUCGGGUGAAGACUCAGAAGUCAGGUUCAGGAGCCAGUGCUGUGGUUUCCCCAAAGGAAAUGAUGAACCUCAUCUCUGAACUGCUGCAGAAAUGCAGCAGUGCAGCACCCUCUGCUGGUAAAGAAUGGGAGGAGUACACUCAGAUCAGAGGCCUGGUGGAGAAGAUCCGCAAGAAGCAGAAGGGAAUGUCCAUAGUGUUUGAAGGCAGCAGAGAGGACUACUUCUCAGAUCUGAUGGCCUGGGCUCAGGAGAAUGGGGCUUCGUGCGACGGCUUCACUGUGGCCGACUUUGGGGCAGAGGGUUAUGGUCUGCAGGCCACCAGAGACAUCAAGGCAGAGGAACUGUUUCUGUGGAUUCCCAGAAAGAUGCUGAUGACGGUGGAGUCGGCCCAGAACUCUAUACUCGGUCCUCUGUACAGUCAGGACCGGAUUUUACAGGCUAUGGGCAACGUGACGCUGGCCCUCCAUCUCCUGUGUGAGCGAGCCAAUCCGGCAUCAUCCUGGCUGCCGUACAUCCGCAGCCUUCCACAGGAUUACGACACACCGCUUUACUACCAGCAGGAGGAGGUGCAGCUGCUGCUGGGCACGCAGGCGGUGCAGGACGUCUUGAGCCAGUAUAAGAACACUGCACGUCAGUACGCUUACUUCUACAAGCUGGUACAGACUCAUCCCGCCGCCAGCAAACUGCCCCUGAAGGACAGCUUCACAUUUGAUGACUACAGGUGGGCUGUGUCCUCGGUGAUGACCCGUCAGAACCAGAUCCCCACUGAAGAUGGCAGCCGGGUCACUCUGGCCCUCAUCCCCCUCUGGGACAUGUGUAACCACACCAAUGGACUGAUCACCACCGGCUACAACCUGGAGGAUGAUCGCUGUGAAUGUGUUGCGCUACAGGACUACAAGGAGAACGAACAGAUCUACAUCUUUUACGGCACGAGGUCCAAUGCCGAAUUCGUCAUCCACAACGGCUUCUUCUUCCAAGACAACGCCCACGACCGAGUGAAGAUCAAGCUGGGCGUCAGCAAGAGCGAACGCCUGUACGCCAUGAAGGCCGAAGUACUGGCACGAGCCGGCAUCCCAGCGUCCUGUAUCUUUGCUCUGCACUGUAAUGAACCUCCAAUUUCUGCCCAGCUCCUCGCCUUUCUCAGAGUCUUCUGCAUGACCGAGGAGGAACUGAAAGAUUAUCUUCUGGGAGACGGUGCCAUCAAUAAGAUUUUCACCUUGGGUAACAGCGAGUUCCCAGUCAGUUGGGAGAAUGAGAUCAAGUUGUGGACUUUCCUUGAGACUAGAGCUGCCCUGCUACUUAAAACCUAUAAGACCACCUCAGAGGAGGACCGUUCCAUGCUGGAGAAGCCCGAUCUGUCCCUCCACUCCCGUGUCGCCAUCCAGCUGCGACUGGCUGAGAAGCAGAUCCUGGAGAAGGCAUCGGCGAGCGGACGCUCCAAACGGAUGCACUUCGAGAAGAAGCUGGAAGAGGAAGCUCCGUUACCCCGCUACGAGGAAAGCGACAUCGCUUUGCUGGAGAACACUGACGCUGAUGCAAAGCUCCCGAUCAUCCUGCGCAAACUGGAGGAGGUCGAGGAAGGCCAGGAGAUCCAAGUAGAGGAGGACGGUCACCUCCUCAAUGGGGAGAAGGCCAUGUAUGGGAUGAAUAUGGAGGCUAACGGAGACCCGGUGCAGCAGGAAACUCAGGAGAAGGUCAGCAAAGAUGUGAAUUCAGCUUUGGACUCAGUUGGAAGUUCUAACGCAACCCAGAAAGGCCAAAGGGAAGCGGCCACCCUAAGUGCCAGUCGAACUGAAGAUAAUCCCAAAGAGAACGGUGAAUAAAUAUAUUCCACUUUCCGCCACAGCCCAUGCUAUUUAUUUAUUUUUGUGUCUCUUAAAUGACUCAGAAAUAUAGAAGCCGAAAACAAAAUUUUAAUUAAAAGUCACAGAACUUUUAUCGACUGUAUGUUCAUCCAGCGUGGCUUUGAUUAGUUGUUCGCUGCUGAACUUGUUCUAAAAUGCUGCCAGUGUGUCCCCAGCCUUCUAUGCAGAGCAGUUUUUGGUUCAUAUAAGGGUUUAUAUUACAGUGAAGACGCAAACUGUUCGAGUCCUGAAGCAUAGAAGAGAGUAAGGGAACUGGUUCCAGCAAACUGGGAAAAAAAAAGAAAAAAAUAGCUAAAUGAAAUUAGGUGAAUGUUAUUUCCACAAAGCCAAAAUCUCUCUGAUCCCGUGAAUUGGUUGGUUUAUUACUGCAGUUUGUCUCCAUAUAUGUCCAGUAUGUUUUGAGUUGACAAUCGUAUUCUCUAGUGCGUUUUGAGGGGUGUGUUGCUGAGUUGAGAUCGUCACUGCCCGCUUUGGUUUAUGUUCCAGAUAAAACCAUUUCAGGCUGUGCAACGAAAGGAAACAUAAAAUGCUCCUGUUAGCCUGUGUGAAAAGUUACUUUAAAGUUGAAAUCUGUUGAAGAAUUUUUGUUUAAUUUUGUUUGAAAAUAAGUCUUUAUGAAUGUACUCAAAGUUGCAGUGAUUAUCUGUGGAUGUCACGUAAAGGGAGUGAUGACUGACGUAGUGUUGCCCCCGAGAAAGCCAUAUCUGUCACUGAGGAGCCAGUGAAACUGAAGAAGAGGAUGAUGAUGAUAGUUUAUGUAAAAUUUCCUGUUGGAAGCUUUUCUUUGAAUGCCUUAAAAUGAGGCAAUUUCAUCAAGAUACCUUUUGUAUAAAAACCGCAGAAGCACUGUCAGUUUGCUUGUUUGUUUGUUUUUUUUUUUUAAAGUCAAAUGUAGGGGUGGCCCCAAAACCUGACCCUGUUCACCGAUGAACUACUGAUGAUCAACGCAUGGUGGAGGAGAAAUGUUCAGUUUGGACUAUUGGCUCCAAUACGUUUAUUAAAACUAAAAUAUAAUCAUCGCACCCUGAAAUUCUACUAUAUAAACUUUGCAUUGCAGAGCUGUUGUUAUAUACAGUAGGAUGACUAGUCAGGGUCCACCUCCUAGUCUUUUUGUUUUGGUUUUUUUUAUAGAACUUUCAAUCACAUUGGAAAUUCUUUGUCACUGAUUUCAUUUUGCUAGAGCACCUGAUCUUUUUUCAACUCCUUACAUCAAUGACUAUGUUUACAUGCACAAUAAUAUUCUACUUUUAUUCCAGGAUAUUCUAUUUUGAUACUCUGAAUUAAGAACGUAUUUGCCAAAAUAAGUCCUGCAGGAUAAUGGCAAUAAUAUCCCAGUUUUAUGAGUAUUCUUCAGAAAUGUAAACAGCGCAUUCAGAUCAUGAACAUUAGACUCGAUAAGAUUAGAAAAAUCUUUAUUGUUAUUGCACAAGCAUACUACGUACACCAUACAAUGAAACUGGAGUCCUGCUCCCCACGGUGCAAAAGAAAAAGAAGGCACACGACAAUAAAAACAACAAAAUAUACACAGGAUAAAAACUGUGUGCCAAAAUAUGCAUAUGAACAAAAAUAAUCAAAGCAGGGUGUAAAAUAUAUUGCUGGUGUAAAAAGAAAAGCAGCUAGUCAUGAUGUACUGAUCAAACAAAAGUCCACAUACAUUUCUGGUCUGAAGAUGAAACCCCAACUUUUCCCAUAAUGGAAGAGAAUAUUAACAAGUUUAUUCACACAUAUCAAAGACUGGUGUUUAAAAUGUAAAAAAAAAAAAAAAAAAAAAGAAACCUGGGUACAUGCAUCUCUAUGUAAACAGCAAUUCUAGUGGAAUAUUCAUAUUCAUUAGUCACAUAAACAGUUUAAUAAGAGUUUGUCUUUUAUAUCAGAAGGGUAAAAAUCCGAAUAUUUAGUAUAUGUAAACAAAGUCAGUGAUACUAUUACAUUUACAACCAGAGAGAAAUGUAAUGUAAAGCUUAAGGAAUAAUUUGAACUUGAAAGCCUGGAACAAACUGGCAUUUAGAACUUAAGCAUCACUAUUUUGUUUUCAAGACUGAUAUUAUCUUAGUACACACACCGUAGGAGUGGUUUAGUAAAAGAUGAGCCAUACAGAAGUGGUACAUAGAUUAUAGUCCAUUUGAGGGAUUGAUACUCUUUUAACACUUCCUUCUGAUCUGAACAAUCACUUUCACUCUAGGAAAAUGCAUUUUUACACAAGUACACUUAAUGCAUUUGUUAAAACAUAGCCUAAUGUUGAUGUUUUCAUGUAAUUAACACCAAAUAUGAAUCUAGAGUGAACUUUUAUUUUGAAACAAAGCAACGUAGCCUCGAACUAUUUCUGAAUUCCACACAUGUACGUACGUAUCUGGGGAAAGAGGACAGUUGUAUUCUUUCAGCAAAGCGGGAUGACACUCAUUCUGCAUAUGUCCUGUGAGGUUGUCUUCCUGCUUUGAAAAAAAAAAUAUACACAAAAAAAAAACCUUCAGAGAUGGCUUUGUUGCAGCUUAUUAGCAUUUUUCCUUCAUCUUGCUUGUGCACACCUCAGAUAUCAAACAGGAAAAGAAGCUUGUUUGCAAACGUGAUUGACAGCUUCUUCAGUGAUCAGUUACCUUUUAUUAAGUAGAGGCAGUUUUCUUUAGUGUGCAGACCGCGUGAGAACUAAUGAGCUCGACAGCUUUAGCAGAAUUUAUUAAAAAUAUCUAAUUACAGAGCAUGCAGGGAAAACAUAUUCAAAACAAAGAUUUACAGACAAUGGGAUAUAUAUUUUUAAUUAUCAUUUUCAUGAUUAGUGAAACACCUACAGAUGUUGCUUAGUGCAGACGUCGCGUAGUUUUACUCUUAAAACCACAUUUUUCAUGCAUCUUUCGACACAAUAUCAUCAUGAAACUGUUAAAUAUACUUCAAGGAAUAGUUGAACAUUUUGCUUUCUUUCGGAGAGAGUGAGAUGAGCAGAUAAAUACUAAAUUUUUGUCUGUAUGUUAAGUUUGAAGCUAGAAAUGGGAGCUGAUUAGCCUAGCUUAAGAGAAGAGAAGUAAGUAGCCUGUAUCCGUCUAAAGCAGAAAAAUAAACUUUAUAUACUGACACGAAGAAGCUGGCGUCAUUGUCACGUCAGGCUGUUAAUUCUUCACACAUUAUAUAAAAGAAUAUGACAAGUUUUCUUUUGAGUUUGUAGUUGAUGCUAGCCUAGCUUGAUGCUAAGCUAUGCUAAUAUCCUGCCUUUAGCUGAAGGGACAAGGACUGUCGAAAGUGAACUUGUUUUUAAAAGUCCUAUGUCAUGUUUUUUUUUUUUGUUUUUUGUACUAACCAUUCUAAUCUUAUUCAUUUUAUUUGGACCUUCUAAUAAGUGGUCCGGUGGUCUAUCUUUUUUGAUUAACUUAACCUUAUUUUAAUGCUAAUAGGUUUUGUCGUGUGCCAUGUUGUGUUAAUUUGCAGAAUCUGAUUUUUUAGCUUGUGUUCGCUAAAUAUAAGGUGAAUUUUUCCUCACAAACAGCUCGACUGUAGUUGUGGUAGAUAAGUUACAAUAACAACGUAAUUUUUUUUUAAGUUUACCUCCUUACUGUGUCUGUUAGCUAGCGUUUAGCAUUAGCACACCCUUGACCCCUUAUGCUAACUCAGCUCUGACGUUAUGUACAAAUGUGAUCAUUUUUAGCUCCAAAAAUUAAACAUCAGAACACUAAAACACAAACUGGGUACAAAAACUGGUAUAUUACACAGACAAGAGUCGUGUUGAACUUUUCUUCUAACUCUCGGAAAGAAAGCAAAAAGUAUAUUUUGAAGACGACAAAUUACUUCUGUACGUUUAUAGGACGGAUCUGUUUUUUAUUAUAUG